CUCUACCAAAAUGAAUGAUGUAUUUCUUAGCUUCAGAGGGGAGGAUACUCGCACCAACUUCAUUAGUCAUCUUUACAAGGCUCUGUAUAAGAAACCAGUCAACGCAUUCAUUGAUGAUAAUCUUAAAAGGGGAGAAGAUGUUUGGCCUGCACUUUCCAAAGCAAUCGAGGAGUCGCACAUAUCGGUGGUUGUUUUUUCAGAAAAUUAUGCAUACUCGAAGUGGUGCUUGGAAGAACUCGUCAAGAUACUUGAGUGCAGAAAAGAUCAUGGUCAGGUUGUUAUGCCUGUUUUCUACGAAACAGAUCCGUCAGACAUAAGGAAGCAGGCUGGCACUUACGAGACAGCGUUCGCGAAACAUGAGCGAGAUCUUAGGGUCGAAGACAGCGAAUCGAACAAACAAAAAGUACUUAAGUGGAGAGCUGCUCUGUCUGAAGCAGCCAAUAUAUCUGGUUGGGACUCUCGAAACCAUAAGGACGAUUCUCAACUCAUCGACAACGUUGUCAAAGAUGUAACCCAAAUGCUGCACCCGAGUUAUCCUAUUAAACUGGAAGGCAUAGUUCGAUCUGGAAAAAAAUGUAAAAAAGUUGAAUCAUUAAUGAAAAAACAUCAAGUAAUUGGAAUUUGGGGUAUGCCUGGAGUAGGUAAGACGACCAUUGCUAAAGUCUUGUUUGCCAAAUUCUUUCUCCAAUAUGACAAUAUCUGUUUCGUGGCCAAUGCAAAAGAAGUUUCACUUGAUAAGAUUCUAUCUGAGUUAUUAAAGGAGGAAAUUUCCGCAUCUAAUGUUCUUGGAACCACAUUCAUUACGAGGAGGCUCAGUGGUAAAAAAGUUUUUAUUGUACUUGAUGAUGUGGAUAGUUAUGAUCUAUUAGAAGAUUUACGGAGGGCAUACAGUCACUUGAGUCAAGAUAGCAGACUCAUUAUAACAACAAGAGAUAAGCAAUUACUUGCUCGAAGAGUUGAUUAUAUAUACAAGGUCAAGAACUGGAAAACUACGGAAUCUCUGAAGCUUUUCAGCUUAGAAGCCUUCAACCAAAGCCGUCCCCAAAAUGGUUACCUCCAUCUCUCAAAAAGGGCAGUUGAUUAUGCUGGGGGCGUUCCAUUCGCUCUUAAAUUUUUGGGUUCAUAUCUUCGAUCAAAAAGUAUUGAAUUUUGGGAAAGUACUUUGAGAAAAAUCAACAAUUAUAACAUUGUGAAAAUUCAAAACUUGCUAGAAGUGAGUUAUGACGAAUUAGAUGGUCUAGAGAAGAAGAUAUUUCUAGACAUUGCAUUUUUUUUCAUAGGAAAAAUGAAAGAUCAUGUCACAAAGAUACUAGAUGCCUGUGAUUUCGAAGCAAGUAGUGGAAUAGAAGUCCUUGAAGACAGAGCUUUGAUAACUAUUUCACAUAGCAAUAUAAUACAAAUGCAUGACUUGCUACAAAAAAUGGCUUUGGAAAUAGUACGCAUGGAAGAUGAAGAAAACCCUGAAGGACGUAGCCGAUUGAGGCAUAGUGAAGCUCAUGAUGUAAUUGAAAAAAACAAGGGGACUAAAGCAAUUCAAGGCAUAACACUAGAUUUGUCUCAGAUCACAGCUUUACCUUUGCGUGCUGACACAUUCACAAAGAUGGAAGCCUUAAGAUUUCUUAAAUUCUGUAACCCCUUGGAUCAGAGUUCAAGUAAUACAUAUGUCAAGCUUCCUACAGUUCUUGAGCCAUUUUGUGACAAACUGCGGUAUGUUGAGUGGAUUGGAUACCCUUUUGAGUCUCUUCCACAUCUUUUCUCUGCCAAGUUGCUUGUUGAGAUUCGCAUGCCGCACAGUAAUGCUAAACAACUUUGGCAGGGGACACAGGAACUUGAUAAUUUGGAGGGAAUCGACUUAAGUGAAUGCAAAAAGUUUGAAAACCUUCCGGAUUUGUCUAAGGCGUCAAGACUAAAAUGGGUGAAUCUCUCCGGUUGUGAGAGUUUACGUGAUCUCCACCAUUCACUUUUAUCCACCGAUACACUCGUUACUUUGAUACUUGAUAGGUGUAUAAAUCUUAAGAGUGUUAAAGGCAAGAAGCAUUUAAAGUCUCUGCAGACAAUCAGUGUCAAUGGCUGCUUAAGUCUGCAGGAAUUUGCAGUAUCUUGGGAUUUAAUUGAAAACUUGGAUUUAAGAAAUACAGGUACAGGAAUCCAGAGAUUGGGCACAUCGAUUGGGCUUCUGCAUAAUUGGCCUAAUCUAGAGGGUUUAAGACUCACGCAUCUGAAAUCUCUUAAGGAGCUGAAGCUCUCUUGCAGCGGAUUAGUUAUUGACAAAAAGCAGCUAAGUGACCUGUUUGAUGGGUUACGAUCUCUACAAAUACUACAUUUGAAGCAGUGUAGUUACUUGUUUGAAGUCCCUGACAACAUCCGCGUCCUAUCACAAUUACAGGAAUUAAAGCUAGAUGGAAGCAAUGUGAUAAGCUUGCCUACAAGCAUCAAGUAUCUCGAAAGGCUAGAAAUUCUGUCCUUAGAGAAUUGUCGCAAGCUUAAGUGUCUGCCAGAGCUUCCACCAUCCAUCAAACAGUUAAAUGCGGAUAACUGCGAGUCAUUGAUGUUUGUGUCAAAUUUAAAGGGUUUGGAGUCAGAAUCAGGACGUAGCGUAACCUUGACAUCAAUUGAAGGAUCUUAUGAGAAGGAAAGCAAUGGCUCGAGUGAACAGUCUUUCAGUGAUGAAACAGACUCAGACUCAGAAAUAGAAAUGGUUGAACCAGAUUCGGCUGAAGAAGGUAAUGAUGGGAGGAAAGAACAUUAUUCUAAUGAGGAAGAAAGCACCAAAUCUACUCGCAAUAGAUUGGUUAGCAAGGAAAAUACCGCGGUGUCUGCUGUCAAAAGCGAACGAAAUAAACCUUAUGGUUUGCAUGAACCUGCUGAGUUGCCGUUGGACAAAGAAAAUGAAUCUAAAGAAAAGUCAACAGUGGCGAUUGAACUAGAAUCAGUUCAAAAAGACAAAGAGAGAAGAGAUCAUUUUUCUCGUGUGAAAGAGAGCAUCGGAUCCACUCACAACGAAAUGAAAACCGGACCAGGAAGAGGUAUCAAGGAGAAUACCACAAAGUCUACAAAAGUUGUCAAAAGCGAAGGAAAUAAAGCAACGACAGCUGAACCUGGUGCCAGAUUGCAUGAACUUAUUAAGUCACAGCCAGACAAAGAAAAUGCAUCUAUGAACAAGUCAAUCUUCAUGGAUGUGACCCUUUGCUUUCUUUCACGUUUUUUUGUACCACUUCACUACUUCACAACUUUUGGUGUCUCUUCAUUCUUGCCUCUUGCUUGGUUGAUCGAGAUCUGCGAGGCUAGAGGAAAGCAAAAUAUAAGGGGCAGGUUAGCCUUUAAGUACUUGUCACUAGCUCAAUCAAACAAAGUUGAUGAUUCUCGAAUGAUCAAGGAUUGGGUUUAUCCCUUAAACUUAGCUUGA